GCACGUUGUACCGUCUCAGCUCAUCUCUAUCUCUCACACACACCCCAGUCUCUGAGCCCCGGGCAUCUCUCUCUGACCAUGGACGUGUCAGUGCUGGGCAGUGGGAGCGGCUGUUCAGAGGAUUGUGGGGUAGGGUCUGGCUGUCUGGAGGACUGUGGGAACCAGAGUGACCGGACUGACUGGGAACCGGACUUCAGUGGGGCUGAGCUGGUGUGUGUGACGGCCGUGUGUGUGCUGCUGCUGGCCCUGGGCAUCACAGGAAAUAUGUUAACCAUCCUGGUAGUUUGGCUCCGGCCACACCUGAGAAGCACCACCUACCUCUACCUGAGUAGUAUGGCGAUCUCCGACCUCCUCAUACUGCUACUGAUGCCUUUAGAUCUAUACUACAAGGUAAGGGGGGGGGGGGGUCUCUCUCUAGCUAUGGAGGUUCCCAACCUGUGUUUUAGGUAGCUGAUACUGUGUGUGUGUGAUUUCUGUUUCUCUCUUGCUAACUGUGGAGGUUCCGGCCCUGGGUGUUGGAUGAUAUAAUGUGUUUGUGUGUGUAACCUCUCUCUGUGUCCGUCCCUCUAGCUGUGGAGGUUCCGGCCCUGGGAUCUGGGCGAUACAGUGUGUAAGCUGAGUGUGUUCGUCAGUGAGAGUUGUACCUAUUCCUCCAUCCUCCACAUCACCGCCCUUUCUCUGGAGCGCUACCUCGCCGUCUGUCGACCACUCACAGCCAAGACCCUGGUCACACGGACCCGCGUCCGCACUCUCAUUGGCUGCCUGUGGGUUGUGGCUGUGAUCAGCGCCGGGCCGGUGUUUGCUAUGGUGGGGGUAGAGGAGCUGGGGGGAGGAGAGGGGGAGAGCGAGUGUCGCUGUACGGACUACGCCGUCUCCUCAGGCCUGCUGGGGGCCAUGAUGUGGCUCUCCAACCUCUACUUCCUGGUGCCAUUGGGCAUUCUGGGAGUAGUGUACAGUCUGAUCGGCAGGAAGCUGUGGCUCCGCCCACAACGCAGCAGCCGAGACCGCGCCCAGCGACACACCAUCAAGAUGCUAGGUGAGGCUGUGUGUGGGAGCGAGAGAGUCAGUCUCUGUAUUUUAAAGUAACUUUGAGUUGAUUUAGUCAUGGUAUUUGGAGCUACGAAGGGGCCUCCCAGCUCCAACUACUGGUUUAGCCCUCAGCAAUACUAACGCUAAGCAGCUAUUGUGAACCAACUAUAUCACACAUACAGUACUUAAUAUUAGCUCUAAUUUCAACUCUCUCUCUGUCACUCCAUCUCAUAUUCUCCUCUCUCUCUAGGUAUGAUCGUGCUGGCGUUUGUUCUGUGUUGGCUGCCGUUCCACGUUGGUCGGACGUUGUUCUCUGUGACUCUGGGCUCCAGCGCUGACAUGUACUACGUCUCUCAGUACUUUAACCUGGUCUCCUUUGUAUUGUUCUACCUCAGUGCUGCUGUGAACCCUAUCCUCUACAACACCAUGUCGGCACGCUACCGCCACGCUGUCCGCAGCCUGCUGCGCUCACACACACACUCACACACACACCGCUCCCGCCACACCUCACUCACGCCACAACACUCUACCACCACCCUGUAA